UAGUCUUACCCCUUGUUCCAAGAGAGUCUGCAGUGUUAUGAUCAUUGUGCCGGAGUGCACCCACGCGGGCAUGCAGGCAGCCCCUGGCGAAGCUGCGUCGUCCUUCCCGGACCACCGAUACCGCUCACCUACCGCCUGCUGAUCCACCGCACCGCGUAGCCGUCAGACGGAUUAGUUACAUCGGCGUGGCUGAUCUCUCGCCUCCCGCUAUUGGUGCUUCUGACUUGUCGCCGUCAAGCCGCGAGGGCUGAUCCAAUUAUGUGUUUAGCGUCGAGGUGCUAAUAAUAGAGAAAAUUACAGGUUAAAAAAAAAAGUUUGCGGUCUUGAAGGCGGCGGUAAAUGAGCAAAUUAACAGGGGCUCCAUGACGCUGCCAACCUGGAUGUCCGUGCCGAGGACUAGCUGCUGCUUCCGGGGAGGCAUCGAAGGAGCGAGGCGAUGAUCGGAAGAAUUCUUUUCAAUGCUUGGUGGUGGAAGCACUGAAGACAAACAUACACAAAAACACUGCUGGGUUGCGUAUGUGACCAGGUGACACGCUGGAAUGUGUGCAGGAUGAGCAGCACAUUCGUCACAUUAGCAGAAGUCCUGGAGGCCCGAGGGGGGCCUCUGCUGGAGGAGGAGGUUUGGGCCCUGCUGCUGGCCACUGCAGCGUGUUUGGAGGAUGCCUCCGAUAAAGGUCAAAACAACAUGUGCAAUAUCAUAAGCCCCACCUCCUUGCUGCUGUCAGCUACUGGUAGCCUAGCAUUUAAAAACUGUGGCCUAUCAGAGGAGGUAUCGACCUUCACUGCUCCAGAGAUGCUGCAGGGCCGCUCCAGCUCAACCAAACCUGCCAUAGAGAGGAUGCUGGUGUAUUCACUGGGUAUGACUCUCUACUGGUCAGUUGAUUUUCACCUACCUCAAAAUCAGCCAGUCCAGUUGAGCGACCAUCUCAACAGCCUCGUCCUAAGCAUGUGUGAAGAUGUGUCCCAUCGCAGACUUACCAUCAGCUCCAUCCUGGAAGCCUGUGAGUGUCAUCAGAAAGCCUCUAGCCUGCCUCCUUCGGCCGACGUCAUCAGGCAGCUGGUGGAGGAGGUCUUUCGUGAACCGAUGGACCACGGUUCUGACAGCAACUUGCCUCUGAGUGGGCGGAGCCAGAUGAUCAGAGAAAGGCUUCAUGGAAGGAGAGGACCAUUUGCAGACUUCACUGAAAGUUGUCCAGAGAGGAGAAGAUACUCCACUGACUCCGAUUCAAAGUCAGCUGUUCUUCCAAGCUGUUUACCUCAGAGAUCUUGGAAACAUCGGCCAAGAAGCUCACCCACACCUUUGUAUCAAUCGUCUUUAGAAAGGCUCCCACGAGGGGCUCGUCACAGGGACAGCACCUGCAGUUGGCUCGGCCGAAGCCCCCACCAUGACGUCUCUCCCAAGACAUCAGGCAGGUCUCACAGUCCUUCCAUCACCUUCAGUGAAUCCUCCAUCAGCUUGAGCCAGAGGAAACCUAAGGCUUUGGGUCCAGAGUUUAUCCGAAUGGCUGAUGAACAGCAAAUUGUUCUUGAGCUUCCAGGAUCUAUUGUGUCCAGGAAGGGCCGCUUAUGUUCGUCUCAGAGGGAAGUGACGGUGGUGCUGCCAAGCGGCCAGUACGUGGUAGUCCGCUGCGACAUCAAGUCCCGUGCGAGGGACGUGUUUGACAUGGUGGUGGCUCACGCUAACUUAGUGGAGCACUUCUACUUUGGCCUUGCAUUUCUUGACGAUGAUGAAUAUUUUUUUUUGGACAACGAAACAAAAAUCUCCAAAGUUGCUCCUGAUAGUUGGAAGAAAGGGCAAAUACUUUCCUUUUUGGUCUUCCUUCGAGUCAAAUUUUUUGUCGAUGAUAUUGCCUUUGUUUUGCACAGAUUAACACGCCACCAGUACUAUUUGCAGAUGCGGAAGGACAUUUUAGAGGAUCGCCUCUACUGCAACGAGGAGACGGGCUUGUUCCUGGCUGCCCUCGCUCUGCAGGCUGAAUUUGGGGAUUACAUGCCAGAGUUGUACGGGAAGAGUUACUACCAGCUAGAGCACUAUGUGUCAAAGAGAAUGCUUGAUAAGUUGGCUUUGCCCAAUGUGAAGGAUGAGCUGCCAAGACUGCAUGCAAGUCAUGCUCCAAUGCCGCCCGACGAGGCAGAAACAGAAUAUCUCAAAAUUGCUCAGCAACUACCAGAGUAUGGAGUUAUGUUCCACCGUGUGGGAAGAGAAAAAAGGCCUUUGAUUGGUGAAUUGGUUUUGGGAGUGUGUGCCAAAGGAAUAAUCAUGUACGAGAUGAAGAAUCAGGUCCGGACCGUCAGCAGACGCUUCCUCUGGAGUGAAACAGACGCAAUUUCCACUGGGCGCCGUAAACUGAUCAUCGAAUGUGGUGGACCAAGCGGUAGAAAGCACAGUUUUAUAACAGAGAGCUCCAAAAUAGCACAAUACAUCCUCAACCUCUGCUCCGCACAACACAAGUUCCACAGCGAGAUGACAUCACGGCAACUUAAUCACAGUAUGAUGCCAGAUGAAAACAUGUCUGUUUAUGCGGGUUGUAACCUGAACCUGAAGCGGAUCUCGUGCUCUGAGGGCAUGUUGAACCACGUUGGUUUAGCCCCAGGUCAACCGGAUCCGCUGUCUAAAUCUUGCGAGGACCUGAGCGCCAAGUUGGAAGCUAGACUCCGCCAUCAGAGAGAGAUGAGGCGGGAGAUGAGUAGAGAGCUGAACAAAGACCCUCCAGAAACUGGAGAAGGGGAUUUGAAAGAGCGUCCUUACUGGAGCACACCAGAGUCGAUUCCUAGAAUGAUGUCAAGUGUCUCGCUGCAGAAAGACUCGGAUGUAUCUUCAAUACGAGUUGAUACACCGACAAGGUCUUCACCAGAGAGAGAAAUUAUCUGCGUAAGUCUCAAGAAAGAUCCCAAACUUGGCUUUGGCUUUGUGAUUGUGGGCGAGGACAAUACAGGUAAACUCGACCUUGGUAUCUUCAUUGCUUCCAUUGUACCAGAUGGACCUGCGGACAAAGAUGGACGGAUCAAACCAGGUGGACGUCUCAUUUCUUUAAAUAAGACUAGUUUGGAAGGGGUAACAUUUAGCGAUGCUGCUGCCAUUUUACAGAAUAGUCCAGAGGAAGUGGAGCUGAUUGUGUCCCAGCCCAAACAGUGUUUGAAAGACAGCAAGAACUCAUUGUGCCAAAGUACAUUGGGCUUGGCAUUGGAAAGGAGCUUUGGUUCUCAGACCACCUUAAGUGGGACUGAGUAUCGACACGCCAUGGAUGAACUGGAGGAUGCCAUCACGCUUUCUAGCAUGGCCACGCCCAAGCAGAACAGGAAGCUUCACAUACCUGUGGUGCGGAUACAUGACGCGCAGGACAUGUGUUCCAGGUCUCCCUCUAUUUUAAGUCUAAAAACUGGGGAGAAGUUUUCAGUGGAGCUAAAGAAGACUGGUGGGAGUCUUGGCAUUAGUGUUGCUGGAGGAUUAAACACAAGUGUGAGACAUGGUGGCAUCUACAUAAAAAGUCUAGUGAUUGGGGGUGCUGCUGAGCAGGAUGGACGCAUUCAAAUUGGUGACAGACUGCUUGAGGUUGACGGCUCCAACCUGAGGGCAGUGACACACCAACAAGCUGUCGAGUGCCUAAAGCGGACUGAGGAGGUGGUGAACCUGCUGCUGGAGAGGGAACCUACAGUCAUCUUGGAACCCAGAACCGAAUACGCCCUCCCAGGCUCCAUCCAGCCCCCAAGGACUGAGGUCUCCUUGGAAACAACCUUGAGUAGCCGGGCAAAGGACUACAGCUUUGUCACUGAUGAAAACACGCAUGAAGUGAUCCUGAAGAAGAGUUUGUCAGGUCUAGGCUUCAGUUUUAACAUUUCCUAUUACAACUCGGGGCAAGACCGUGGCAGCGUGGUCCGUAUCAAGCGUCUGUUCCCCGGUCAGCCAGCCCAUGAGAGUGGUCUCUUACGAGAAGGGGACAUUAUUCUGUCUGUCAACAAAGAACCUGUCAAGGACCUUUCCUACCAGAGGGUAUUGUUCCUGUUAAGAGGUGCCCCUUCUGAAGUUCAUCUCUUGAUCUGUCGACCCGGUCCAACAGUGCUGUAUGAUGCUGAUGACAACACACUGAGUCCUGCACCUACCAGGGAGAUCCGAUCCCGGUCUCUGGACAUCCGUCUAGGAGAUGACUACAGCCAGUUUCUUAAUUUUCAAUUUGAUGUCAAUUUAGCUGCUCAGAGCACAGUCCCUAGUCUCCAGGAGGAGCUGAGUGACACAGUCCAGAAAAGUCCAGAACCAGGUGCAGCUCCAAGUAUUUUUGAUGGACCAGUACAAGGUGAACAGACACCUCAGUCUAUACCCCGGGCACAGUCUCCUCCUAUACCCAGCUCUCCCACAUCGCCUCCGACACCAAUCUCACCAGCCUCGCCAGCUUCUCCGACGUCACCCGUCUCGCCUCCGGUCUGCUUUCGACCAGCUCAUCAAGAGACACAGCUGUCUGUGGGAAAAUCAGAAGAACAACUGGAAGUAGAAAUAGAGAAAUCAAGCGAGGAUGAGCAGAAGGCCAUUGCAACAAGUUCAACAGAAAUAUAUGAUGUCUUUCCGAAGACUUCUUCAAACUCCAUGUAUGCCAGUGGUGUUCGAGAGGAGGCAGAUGGAAGCGUGACCUACUGCCUGGUUGGGAAUGGAUUGACUAUUAUGGCAGAUGAGGAGUAUUUGACCAUCAGUUCCACGCUGGAACCUCAACAGAAUUUUCAAUCCAAUCAGGCCACUCAAACACCAUUAUCAAACAUCACAAACCUGAGCUCGCAAACGCCAACCACUUCAUCAAGUUUCUCUCAAACGUCAAACACCCCAUCUGGUCUUUCGCAGACCUCUAACAAUUCAUCAAGUUUCUCUCAAACGUCAAACACCAUAUCUGGUCCCUCGCACACCUCUGACAGUUCAUCAAGUUUCUCUCAAACUCCAACUUCUUUCUCUCAGCCUUCUAACAAUGCAUCUAGUUUUUCUCAAACCUCUAACACAUUGUCCAGUUUCAGCUCACAGAACCCAAAUAGUCCCAUAUCUCCUCUUAACCUCUCAUCUGACACCCUAACUACUUGUACCCUGGCACACCCGUCUCAACCGCUCACAACCCAGCCGUCCAAAGCCAAGCAUCACCCAAUCCACCAGGGACAGCAAUUUCCACUGCAAUGCAAAGCCGUUGCUAAGAACAGUCAGCCUGCAGUGGGGCUCUCUCAAAAUUCUGCUCCAACGGCUGGCCCCAUCACAACACAGAUAAUCUCCUCAACGCCUCCUUGCAUCACUGGACCCGCUCCCACCCUUGCAACCACAAUAUUACCUGCAGCUGCCCAGAGUCAUAUUCAGCAUAGAGAGGAGCCAGAGAAGAAAGGAAAAGAUGAGGAGGAGGAUGAAGACGAUGAAGAAGAGAGUAGAAGAAAGGGAUUGGUAAAAGAGUUUGAGUUGACCGUCCUUCUGACCAAGUCCAGGAGUGGAAGCUUCGGCUUCACCAUCACCCGAAGCAAAUUGGACAAUUGCUACUAUAUACAGGAAGUACUGGACAACCCAGCAAAGGCAGAUGGACGCCUCAGAGCUGGAGAUCGACUUAUCACGGUAAAUGGACAUGACGUCACCAAUGUGGCAGAUGAAGUUGCGAUGACGAUUCUCCGGUCCUCUCCCAGAAGACUUAGUAUGACCCUGGGCAGGGCUGUUACUAAUCUGGUGGCACCGCCUUCUUGCGACAGCUUGCCUGAUAUUGUCCUCUACAAGACACCUUCAGGACAGCUUGGCAUUAAACUAACCGGUGGCAUUGGCAGCAAAUGGCAAGGCAUUUACUGUCUGGAGGUUGUGCCAGGCUCCCCAGCUAGCGAAGAGGGCAGUGUCCAACCCAACGACAAGAUCCUGUACAUCUGUGGCAGUUGCACUUUGGGAAUGACCCUUGAUGACGCCGUCAAAGCUUGCGAGCUCGCCCCGCGUAAAGUCAAACUUAAAAUCCUGAGAGACGACCAGCCAGUGACUCCCAAGGCUAAAUGGAACGGUCUGUUUGACUGGAAAAAAGAUAGGAAGUUCUUUGCGCGUUUUGAAGAGCCUGUCUCGCCUGACAAAGAAUCACCUCCUGAAGAGGUUGAAGUUGUCAGUAGAACUGGUGGCAAUUUCAGAUGUCUGUCUGUGGCUGAACAGCAAGAUAGUUGCAUCAUGCAAGUAGAGUUUACCAAACCAGAAGGAGGUGGCCUUGGCUUUGCACUGGUUGGGGGGACCAAUGGCAGCAUGCUCAGAGUGAAAGAAAUCUGCUCUGGUGGAGUAGCUGAGCUGGAUGGCAGACUUAGAGUGGGAGAUAUUCUUCUCGAGGUAAACGGUGUCAUUGUGUCGGGACUGAGCCACAGCAAGGUGGUGGAUAUCCUCCGUAAAGCUGAAGGCAUAGUGCAGCUCACUAUCUGCAGAGACAUCCUGCCAUUGACCUAUUCCGAAUCACCUACGCCACCCAACAUGGCCACAGGUGCCGAUGCUGUCCAGGCAGAGCAGCCAGCUCCAGUUAAUACCUCUGAUGCCUCUUCCGCUCCUGACGCCAUGAUUAACAAGCCAGUGGAUUGCCUCCCUGCAGAGUGUGUUUUUAAUGAAUCAGGUGUUUUAGUCACUAUGCCACCCCCUCCUCCACGACAACUAACUGUGGUCAUGGAUGAUACACCAAUUAAUCAGGAGAGCUGUGACAGUACCCCUUCUCAUCAAGCUUGCUGCCCAUCACUGAAUGUUACUGAAAUGUUGCAUGGAGCUUCUGACAGGAAACACACUGUGACCAAACUGUUGGAUCGGUCGUGCAAAGGCAUCCAGAAACCAGAGUCAGGCGGCUGGAGCAGCGAAGAAGAAGAUGAGGUGUUUGACCCCACUGCCCGCCAAACUGCCUCCGCACAGACAGGCCCGCCCAUAGUAUCAGAGGAAGAACUGUCCAAUUUAGCCCUGAUUAGCCCAUCAAGAAGCAGCCAGUAUUCGGGCUCCAGGGUAAAAGCCAUCAUCCAGAUUCUGCACCAUCAACUUGACCAGCAGGAACUGGUCAAAGAAUUCAUGGCUCUAGAGCACCUAAAGCCUACUGAUGACUGUGUGGUGGGAAAAGCCCCUGAGAACAGAGACAAAAACCGCUACAGAGACAUCCUGCCCUACGACAAAACCCGCGUCACCGUUGGAGACAAGCAGGAUUACAUCAAUGCCAGCUACAUCCGCAUGCAAGCGGGAGGUGAGGCGCUUUCCUACGUCUCCUGCCAAGGGCCGCUACCCUCCACAGUGGCUACGUUUUGGCAGAUGAUCUGGGAAAACAAAUCAGACGUGAUUGCCAUGAUGACUCAAGAAGUAGAACGAGGGAGGGUGAAAUGUCACAAGUACUGGCCCGGGAAUCCCAAAGAGCCCCUGGACACGGGCAAGUAUCACAUCUACCUGGAGAACCAGCAGCGUUUGCAAUAUUUCCACAUCAAGGUCAUCCGGAUGGUGGAAACUGAGACAGCAGAGACCCACACCGUCCAUCAUCUGAAUUUCACCCACUGGCCUGAUCACGGUGUUCCGCACGACUCCGAGCAACUGGUUCGCUUCAUUCGCUACCUACGUUCGGUUCACCACCAUGGCCCUGUCACGGUCCAUUGCAGCGCGGGAAUCGGACGCUCAGGUGUUCUAAUCUGUACGGACAUUAUCCUCAGCCUCAUCGAGAAGGAUUUGCCUAUUAACGUCAGCAACAUCGUAAAGGAGAUGAGACUUCAGCGCCAUGGGAUGAUUCAGACCAAGGAACAGUACCUCUUCUGCUACAAAGUCUGGUUGGAGGUUUUACAGGGCAUUUUACAGCUCCAUGGCACCCAGUGGCAACCGGAAAGUCCCCAAGACCACAAAAUAGUUUGAAUGUUUUGAUUUGUGCGACCACAAGCACUGGCAACACCUUCUUCUUGAACUCUUGUCUGUUUUCAUACUGUGUGCUGUCUAGAUGUACGCAGGAAAAAAAUGCACUUGUGUUGAACCUCGAUCUCUUAAAGGAAUCCUUGCGUUUUUUUCAGGCUUAGCAAUUUGCCUUACGCCUCGAAUAUUGCAUUCAAUGUCGAAAGUCUUUAUGUGGUAUUUCAUUUGCAAAUUGCCAUCAUAAUAGUCCAACAGUCUGGUAGGAACUCGAAUAAGGUCACAUAAAAUCAUCUUACCAAAGUUUAUAUCUUGAUGAAUGUGAGUUUUUAUUUCAUAAAGUGCAUUUGUACCCUAGAAGGAGAGAGAGAUUAAGGGCAACACCAUUAAUUCUGUAAAUCACCUAAAGCAAUGAAAAGAAUCAAGUGCCUUGGAAUCAAUCCUGAGCUGCUUCAGUCACACGCAGACGGGCCGACAGAGCGACCACACUGUUUGAGAGCACUCGCGAGACCUUGGACUGAAUGUGCACUGUUUUUGCUAAUUAAUGUGAAUGCUUGCUUCAAAUCACAGGCAAGACAAUGACAUAUUACCUAAGGUUUAGUGCAAGUCACUCCGUCGGUGUGUAUACUUUCCUAUUUUGUAUAAAAUACAAACAAAAUAAUUGUCCUUAAAACCCCUGGCAGGAGAGGUGGGUAGUAACGUGUUACAUUUAAUCUGUUACAUUUACUUGAGUAACUUUUUGAGAAAAAUGUACUCAACACUGUACUCCAAUACAAAAAUGUACACAAUAUGUUUUACUUGAGUAGAUUUGUGAAGAAGAAACACUACUCUUACUCCUCUACUUUGGGCUACACUAGAGUCGUUACAUUUUACCUCUUAAUUCUACGUAUUGAUUUUAUUUUUGCCAGAGAUGCCGACAGAGGCAGUCUCAUUUUCACUAAUGAGACAUUGCAACAAUAACCACUUGCUCCAUUACAGUGAUCCCUUGCAGAUUUUUUUUCAAUUAAAGAAAAAAAAUACAGCAUUUUGUAGUGAUGUCCUGAUCUGCUCACAUUCAGCCUAUUCCUCCUGCUGCUUUUCUUGCUCAACAGGGAGCUGCAGCUUGUUAAAGUUAACGAUGAGGGACAAGGGUGCUGCGUUUAUUUUGGCAGGAAAAGCUUGGGAGCGCUACCUUGGCGCCGAGUCGUUUAGCUUGGUAAACACUAGCUGUACUGUGUUGUCCAUCCAUCCAUCCAUCAUCUGCCGUUUUAACCGGGGUCAGCAGGAAAGCCCAGACUUCCCUCUCUUCAGCAACUUCAACCAGCUCCUCCGGCAGGAUCCCAAGGUGUUCCCAGGCCAGCCGAGAGACAUGGUCUCUCCAGCGUGUCCUGGGUCGUCCCCGGGGCCUCUCGCCGGUGGGACAUGCCCGGAACACCUCUCCAGGGAGCGUCCAGGAGGCAUCCGAACCAGAUGCCCGAUCCACCUCAACUGGCUCCUCUCAAUGCGAAGGAGUAGCGGCUCGACACUGAGUCCCUCCCGGAUAACUAAGUUUCUCACCCUAUCUCUAAGGGAGACCCCGGACCCCCAGAGGAGGGAACUCAUUUCGGCCGCUUGUAUCGAGGAUCUGUUUUUUUCAGUCACGACCCACAGCUCGUGACACAGGUGAGGGUAGGAAAGUAGAUCGAUUGGUAAAUCGAGAGCUUCGUCUUUCGACUCAGCUCCUGCUUCACCCCAACAGACCGGUGCAGAGCCUGUCGAUCUCCCGCUCCCUCCUUCACUCACCCGUGAACAAGACCCGAAGAUACUUGAACUCAUAGACUUUGGGCAGGAUUUCAUCCCCGACCCGGAGAGGGCACGCCACCUUUUUCCGACUGAGGACUCACAUGCCACCUCGAGGACCCUGCCGAGGUUUUAGAGCCGGUCCACUGUUCCACGGACGGGACGAAAACCACACUGCUUCUCCUGAAUCAGAGAUUCGACUUCCCAAUGGACCCUCCUCUCCAGCACCCCUGAA